CCGUUAAUUUAAAUUGAAAUCGGUACUGCUGAAAUCCCGCUAGGCCCUCAUUUCGACAUGUCGCGCGAGGUUAGCUUCAGUCGUCAAUCCUUGGAGCUACGCAGUCAGGAAUCCUCAUUACUACCCGCCAUCAGCGCUAAUGCCGGCGGUGAUGUGAGUGUCAGCAACACAGACACAUUGGCCACGGCGGCCAGCACCACCUCCGCCGCAUCGGCUGCGGCGUCAGCCAAUAAUAAUGCCGGUUUGGGCGUCUCACAGCGUCGCCGCCAGCGCAAAGGCAUCACACAGCGACAGGAUUCAUGGUUUCGGCAUUCAAUGCCACCAGCUUUGACGCGUGAUUUCGAGUCCAUCGAGAAUUUGGCGCAGAACACCACAAAUGGUUUGGACGAACAGUUGGCCGCCUCUCUAUCGGGCCGUUUCGGCGCAUCCACGUCAGCGUCUUUGGCCGCUUCGGCGGCGCACAGUGGCGGUAGCGGCAGUUUGACAGUGUGCGGCUUUGGCAUCGGCGGUCUCGGUGGUUUCGCUGGCAGCGGACAGAGUGGUGGUGGCGGUGGUGCUGGUGGUGGUGGUGUGGGCGGCAAUCGUUUCAGCGGCGGCAUCAAUCUCAAUAGUGCCAAUAGUAAUUUGGGUUUCAUCGAUUCGGAUGAAUCGAACUUGCAUACACCGAUUACACCGCUCGCCUCGCAUUCGGCGUCCAUUUAUGGUGGUUUGCAGCAGCAGGGCUCGGUGUCGGCCGCCUCGGUGGCGGGUACGCUGUCAUCGUCGAAUGCAAUGGGUAAUGGUGGUAGCGGUGGUGGUGGCGGUGGUGUGUGCCGUCGGCAUAGAUCGAAGCGACGUAAGGAUUCGCGUGCGUCGGUGUUGUCAAAGCAAAGCGGUAACAGCGUGCGAAGUCGCGCCUCAGCGUUGGCCGCACGUGCUGGCCUACACAUGACGGCGUCUUUCUUGCGCAAGAAACGAAAGGAAUAUGAAGACGAUGAGGACCUCACUUCAACAGCGGCUGCGGCCGAUGAUACGGAUAGACGAAUAAUAUUUUUGAAUCGACCGCAAAUACAGAAGUUUUGCAACAAUCACAUAUCAACUGCGAAAUAUAGUUUUAUAAGCUUUUUACCAUCGUUCCUUUUUGAACAAUUUAGACGAUAUUCAAAUUGUUUUUUCCUAUUAAUUGCAUUAUUACAACAAAUUCCUGAUGUCUCACCGACGGGUCGCUACACAACACUGGUACCGUUAAUAUUUAUUUUAUCUGUGAGCGGUAUCAAAGAGAUCGUCGAAGACAUUAAACGUCAUCGUGCGGAUAAUGAAAUCAAUCAUCGUAUGGUGGAGGUGUUACGCGAUGGCGCUUGGACUUCGGUGCGAUGGCGAGAUUUGGGUGUUGGCGAUAUUGUAAAAAUACCCAAUAAUAUAUUCUUUCCCGCUGAUAUAUUGUUGUUGUCGUCGAGUGAACCGCAAGCGAUGUGCUUCAUCGAAACAGCAAAUUUAGAUGGUGAAACCAAUCUAAAGAUACGACAGGGUGUGCCAGCGACUGCGAAAUGCCUGGAAACUAAGGAUCUGCUGCAGCUGGACGGCACCGUGGAAUGCGAGCUGCCAAAUCGACAUUUGUACGAAUUCAAUGGCGUACUCAAGGAGAAUAAUAAGCCCACCGUUGCUCUCGGUCCCGAUCAGAUAUUGCAGCGCGGCGCCGUUUUACGCAACACCGCUUGGAUAUUCGGCGUUGUCGUCUACACCGGACACGACACGAAACUUAUGAAAAACUCUACCUCAGCGCCAUUAAAACGCUCAACCGUCGACACAGUCACGAAUACACAGAUAUUGAUGCUUUUUGUUAUAUUGGUCGUUUUAUCGUUGACCAGUGCGAUAUUGAACUUUUUCUGGACGCGCGACUAUGCGAAAAUGUUUUGGUACUUGGGCAUAAGUGAGGACAUCAAAAGUAAAAACGUUGGCUAUAAUUUGUUGACUUUCUUUAUUCUCUACAAUAAUCUUAUACCGAUAUCUUUACAAGUGACUUUGGAGUUAGUACGUUUUUUACAAGCCAUCUUCAUAAACUUCGACAUACACAUGUACUAUGCGGAAACCGAUACGCCGGCCAUGGCGCGCACUUCGAAUCUCAACGAGGAACUGGGCAUGGUGAAGUAUAUAUUCUCCGAUAAGACCGGCACACUAACGCGCAAUGUGAUGGUGUUCAAAAAGUGUUCGGUGGCGCGUUAUAUGUACGAACCAGCAAAUUCACCGGAGGACUCGACGAUUGUGCAGAACUUACUCGGUAAUCACAACACGGCGCCCAUCAUCAAAGAAUUCCUCACACUGCUCGCCGUUUGUCACACGGUCAUACCGGAAAAAUUCGAUGACGGCUCCAUUAUCUAUCACGCCGCCAGUCCCGAUGAGCGCGCCAUCAUCGAGGGUGCACGCAUGUUCGGCUACAUCUUCGAAUCGCGCACACCACACUAUGUGGAGAUCAAUGCGCUCGGCACCAUCGAACGCUACGAGAUACUCAAUGUGCUCGAAUUCACUUCGACGCGCAAGCGCAUGUCGGUCAUAGUGCGUGCGCCAACCGGUGAGAUUAAACUGUAUUGUAAAGGUGCCGAUACGGUGAUUUAUGAGCGUCUCUCACCCGAUGGUCAAAUGUAUCGUGAUGCCACUUUGCAUCAUUUGGAAGAAUUCGCUUCGGAGGGCUUACGCACCUUGUGCUGUGCCGUUUCGGUGAUACCGGAGGAUGUAUAUAACGAGUGGAAGGAGACGUAUCACAAGGCGUCGACGGCGUUGCAGUAUCGUGAGCGCAAAGUGGAGGAUGCCUCCAAUUUGAUUGAGAACAAUCUGAUAUUAUUAGGUGCGACCGCAAUUGAAGACAAAUUGCAGGAGGGUGUGCCGGAGACGAUAGCCUCACUGUUGGAGGCGGGCAUUUAUAUUUGGGUGCUGACGGGCGAUAAGCAGGAGACAGCCAUCAAUAUUGGCUACUCGUGCAAACUCAUUUCACACUCAAUGGAUAUUAUUAUACUCAAUGAGGGCAGUUUAGAUGCCACACGUGAUAUUAUCCACCGCCAUGUGGACGAGCUGAAGAGCACCGACAUGAAGGAGUGCAAUGUGGCGCUGGUAAUUGAUGGCCAGACAUUGAAGUAUGCUUUAAGCUGUGAUCUGAAGCAGGAAUUUUUGGAACUCUGCUUGGUGUGUCGUGUGGUGAUCUGCUGUCGCGUCUCGCCAAUGCAAAAGGCGGAGAUCGUCGAAUCUGUCACACAAUCCACCGGCGCUGUGACACUUGCCAUCGGUGAUGGCGCCAACGAUGUGGCCAUGAUACAGAAAUCUCAUGUCGGUGUUGGCAUUUCGGGCGUUGAAGGGUUGCAGGCAGCUUGUGCUUCCGACUAUUCGAUCGCACAAUUUCGUUACUUGAAACGUCUGUUGUUGGUGCAUGGCGCCUGGAAUUAUAGUCGCAUUACAAAACUGAUUCUAUACAGUUUCUACAAGAAUGUCUGCUUGUAUGUGAUUGAGCUGUGGUUCGCCAUCUACUCGGGUUGGUCGGGUCAAAUUCUCUUCGAACGUUGGACGAUCGGCUUAUAUAAUGUUAUGUUUACCGCUUUGCCGCCAUUCGCAUUGGGUCUCUUCGAUAAAGUUUGCUCCGCCGAAACAAUGCUGAAAUAUCCGCAAUUGUAUAAACCAUCACAGGAUGCAAAGCUCUUCAAUGUCAAGGUGUUUUGGGUGUGGAUAUUCAAUGCGCUUUCGCAUUCGGUAUCGCUCUUCUGGCUGCCGAUGCUGAUGACGACGAUGUCCGUGUGGCCGGAUGGCAAAACAAGUGAUUACCUCUUCUUGGGCAAUAUUGUGUACACGUAUGUCGUCGUAACGGUUUGCCUAAAGGCCGGCCUUAUCACCAACUCAUGGACCUGGAUGACACACGCCUCCAUUUGGGGCUCAAUUGCCAUGUGGUUCGUAUUCAUGGUGAUCUAUAGCAACUUUUGGCCCACCAUAAUGCUGGCGCCCAUCUUUUUGGGCAUGGAUCGUAUGGUGUUUUCGACAGUCGUUUUCUGGCUGGGCCUCUUGCUCAUACCCAUAACGACGCUUUUGCCCGAUAUUCUAUUCACAAUCGUGCAUAAUACGGUAUUCAAGUCACUCACGGAGGCCGUACGUGAGUCCGAGAUACGGCGUUACGAUCCGGAGAAUGUGAUACGAGAAUCGAAAACAUCCUUGGCGGUCACCGGCACCUCCUGGCGGCGCAUAACCUCCGUCGAGGCGUUUCGGCGCCGUCCAAAUCAUGAAAUAACACAAGCGCAACAACAACAACAAACUGCUGAACAUUUACAGGUGCAUAACUAUCGAAAUAAAAAUGGCAGUGCCAACAACAAAGCGUCGACGAAUCGCAGCUCCAUAAUUACAGUGGAAAACUUGGAAACGGACGAUGAGCAGCAUUGGAAGCGCGGCGAUGCACCGCUUUCCGCAACGACGACAAUGACAACAUUACAUAUUUAAGGCGGCGAAUACGAGUAUCAGAAGGUUGUGGAAAUAAGGUGGAACAAGUGUAGCGGCGCAAGCCAACAGUGAAACCAACAACGAACCAUAUAUAUUAUAGUUAUAGCUAGAAGAAGACCUAAAAAAAUGUGUUGAAAUAUUUUUUUAAUAAUUUUUUAUACUUUUUCUUUCUAAAAUGUUAAAGCUAUCAGCAGUUACUUACCAAAUAGUCGAAAAAAGCAAAAUGUUGCCAAUAUAUGUAUGUAUAUGCAAAUGUUGUUAGCGUGUAAUUUUUAAUAUUUGUGAUUAGCUAAAUGUAUACCAAAUAGUUGUAGGUAAUUAUACCCAAAAUUUGUGCGUGAAAGUUGUGUAGCAUUGUAAAUGUACUUAAAAAAUAGUUUACUGUUUGAUAUUGCUAACAAAAAGUAAUAAAAAAAUAAUAAUAAUGAAUAAAAGCAAAAAAGAGCUGUAAGUCGAUAAGUUAUACUAACUUUGAUAUUAAAAAAAAAUAUUGCUAAAUAAAAAUAAAAAUUGUAAAACAUUUUAUUAAUAUUUUAAAAUAAACUUUUUUUUAUAUACAACACAAACACAUACAUAUGUACCUAUAAAAAGCAUACGUUUAUUUCGAAGUUGAAAACUAACGGCAGUCACUGUACGUUGUUUUUGUAAACUGCGCUUAAAAUAAAGCAAAAUAUAAAAAAGUCGCUUGAAAAGCUCUUUUUUAUUUUAUAAUCAAUUUAUAUAACAUAUUACAUAAUCAUUACAUUUCUUAUACAACAACUACAUUUUUAACGCAAUCAAAAUACAGUUGUCUGAACAAAUCUGCUCUGAUGCCGUCCUA